CCUGGUGACCCGAUGCCCGCUAUCCAGUCAGACGAUUCAAUGUCUGACCCAGUGCCCGAUGAUGCGGUGCCCGCGGUCGAGCCAAAUGACCUGAUGCCGGACGAUCCAAUGUCUGACCCAGUGCCAGCGGUCAUGCCAGUUGACUCGGAGCCCACUGUCGUGCCAGAUGACUCGGCGCCCGCCGCUCUGCCUGAGGGCCCGAGACCUGCCGCUCCACCUGGGGGUCCGGCGCCCGCCGCUCCGCCUGAGGGGCCCGAGACCCCUGUCGCUCCACCUGGGGGUCCGGCGCCCGCCGCUCCGCCUGAGGGCCCGAGA